GACAAAGUAUGAUUCGCAACUGUUGAAUAGUAAACUCUGAGAAGUACUUAAAACUUUUCAUAUUUCUGAUUAUAAAAAUAAACUUUAUUUUAUAAUAAAUUUUUGAAAUCCGCGGACGCCAACUUGAAAGAAAGAAAAAAAAUUUAUCACAUAGACUCUCAAGACAAAUAAAAAAAAUUGAUAUGGAUUUGAUCGAAAAAAUGAUGGAAGAAGGGGAAUCUGUACGUGUGUUCGGGUACGGGUCUUUGCUCUGGAAGCCGGAUUUCCAGUAUGAGAAGGUAGAAACGGGCUGGAUAGACGGGUUUAAGAGAAGAUUUUGGCAGGGAAAUGUAACACAUAGAGGCACGGUUGAUAAUAUAGGACGAGUUGCAACGCUGAUCCAGUCAAAAAAGCAUCGGGUUUGGGGUGUUAUGUUUGAAGUUUCAAAUCAUGAGGAUAAAGUUAAAGCUUUGAAUGGACUUACUAAUCGUGAGGUGACUCUCGGCGGAUAUGACGUCAUUGAAACAACAUUUUACCCACGAGAUAAUGGAAUGAAACCAUGCCCGGUCAUUUUCUUCAUGGCAACGCCUCAGAAUGAACAUUACCUCGGGAAAGCAAGCAUGGACACCAUGGCGAUGCAAAUUGUGAACGCUGUUGGACCAUGCGGACCAAAUAUUGAUUACGUCACUAAAAUGGCGGACUUCAUUAGAGAAAAUAUACCGGAAGACAAGGAUGAACAUUUGUUUAAGCUAGACAAACUUGUACGUGAGUACGUCUCAACAGUAGUAGAGCGAAUUCAUUAG